AUUGGGUUCUUUAUAACGUUUAGUGUAAAAAAAAUAAGAAAAUGACACUCAGCAGUUUAUGUGAUUUGGGCUUCAAAGAACAGCUUAAGGAGUGUUGAAUUUAUAGUAUAAGGAAAAUAUUUGAAUUUCGUUAAAUCUCAUUUAUGAAAUAAUACGAUGUGCAAUGGGAAUAUUAAAAGCUAAUGACAGGUAUUGGCUGCGAGAACGAAUAUAGAGCAACAAGGUUUCCUACGUUGAUGAGAUCACUUUUAAAUCUUUUGAGUUUAAUAGAUAUUCAACGUCGUAUUCAGUGUGCCUGUAUGCUACUGAAAGUGUGAGUGCGUUUUCACGAUGGGAAACCUUUUAAGUUACCCGCACAAGGUGGAGGCAGACCGGAAGGAGAAGCUGCAGCGUGUGCGGCAUCACCAGAAGAGGUGGUCGGAGCCCUUUUCUCCCAACAGCCUGCAGAGGGACCGGAAGAUUGUGCUGCCUUACGCCGAUACCAACAUCAGCAUGCGGAGCAGUGAGGUGAGGGAGCGUAAUGGGAUUUCCGGGGUGGAGACUAGUGUUAAAAUGGUGCCGGACCUCCAGCUGGACCUGGACCUGUCCCAGUUCUCCGUGGAGACUGUCAAACUCUCCUCCGGCCCCACCUCACAGCGCUCCAUCUACAACAGGCCUCGCAGGUAUAUCAAGCGGUACCGGAGCGACGAGGAGCGGUUGGAGGACGAGGUCCAGGAGCGGGAGAAGCUACUGCAAGCUGCCAUCAGACAGGGGCAUCAGCUCCGCGCCAAGUGUAACAGAUACAAGGAAGAACUAGAAAACUUGAAGGCGUUAAGCUCUGUGGACAUGACCGACGUUGAGUGGCGGCGGAAGUACAGCGAGAUGGAAAGUCGCUACCGUGACCUUCGAGAGGAGCUGGACCUCAUGGCCGCCAGAAACAAGAACGGCAGGGAUUACCUGCGUCAGCAAGGUGAGACCAUCCAAAUGCUAAAUAACGAUCUGCAGAUGGAAAAACUCGAAAGGUCCAGGAUACUAUCCAGCAGCCUGAGUAGCCUUGCUAGCGCGGGGAAGGUAAAGGACAAGAAAGGGAGGCACCAAAUCACCCAGCUGCUUGUCGACAAGCAUUUACUGGAGGACCGAGUCCGCGAUCUCACCGCUCGCAACCAGAGAGGCAGGAAUUACCUGACGCGGUUGGAGGCGGAGAAGCGCGAUCAGGAGGCCAUGCUGACGCACCUCAAGGCUCAGCUGCUACUGGAAAAACAGGACAAGGAACAUCUCCUCGCAAACGUCACUAUUUUGAGCGCCAGCCGUGACAACAUUGUUACCUUGGAGACGGAACACCCUGAGUACGCGCAAGUGAACAAGAAGCGGGAGUCGACCAGCAAGGCUUCCGAGACGCCAUAUGUUGAUUCUCCAAGGUCCGGAACCAGCACACGAGUGUUCGUGGUUUCGGAGGAAGGAGACGAAAGGUCCACGGGGUUCGAAAUCAUAGACACACAAAACACGUCUGUUCGUGGCACUGUGUUCUCUUCAGAGGAUCCCUAUGAGGUAAUAGCGUCAGUUCAUGACGUGAACAGAACAGAUGGUCAGGAAGAAACUGGCGGCUACUCAAAACAAGAAAAGAGACCGUCCUCACCUGAGCCAGAGAGCGAGAACGGAAGUAAUCGCACGGAAGAGGACGACGAAGAGUACACUGGGACGCCGGAGCGAUCGGAGUCGCCGCCAACCCCGCCCGUGCUGGUGAAAGCGGAACACAUACAGCUGGAUGAACCCACUUGGGAUACUGUGCCGGAGAGCAGCGCCAUUGACUAUCAAUCAGAAACUACCACCAAAUUUUAGAUUGUAGAAUUGUGAACGAAAUUACAUUUUUUUGCAUGUAAAGCGGGAUUUAGAUAUUAUAGAUCUAUCUAUUUAAAACGAACAUAUAAUGUUUAUUGAUUUGAAUAUAAAAACGACUUUUAGAUUAAAGCCUACAUUUCCAGCCACAGAAAUUACCUAUCGCGCGGUCGCAUAUAGGUACCAUCGGGCGCGCGCCCCCCUAAAAACGUCCAGGUUUUUAUGUCCAUAUAUCGUUCAAAUAAUACCAUUCCGGACAAGAAAUUGUUAACAUUUUCACCAUUUCCCCCUGCCAAUACAUUUACAUGUGUAUGUCGGUUCUGAGGGAGGGGCAAAUAUCAAAAUGUUGUGUCCUUAACUUAUGCCCCUUUACACGUCAAAUCCUGAAUCCUCCCUUGAUAAUUUGGCUACCCAUUCGUUAAAAUACGUCAGAACAAAUUGUGUAAGAUCUAAAAUGGUUGUCGAUUAUUUUUUGAAGUCAUACUAUUAAAGUGAACCUCACGUCAUAUAUGACGUCAUUCCCGCAUGCGCCAUGUUUGUUUACAGGUCAAACUUAUGUCCCGAGCAUUGUGAUGUCAUUGGUAAGUUCUGCUCUUUUAUCUAAAAUACACUCGUGUAAAUGAAAUAUAAAGGAAAUGCUUUAAAAUAUGUCAAUAGCCUUUACUUAAGUAAUUUAGCUUAAAUGAAUACGGGUGUUCAUUUUGUUCGUUUCGGUUCAGUAUGAGGUCAGCUUACUGCAGUAAAAAAGUAGCAUCUCGAAAUUAGAACUAUUUCCUGUCAUAUUUCUUUAGUACUGCGGUUCAUGUUAACCUUGCAGAUCUCUUUUUUAUAUUAUUAUAUUAUAAAUAUGAGUUUUAUUAUAUCUAUAUUUUGAAUACUAUUUGCAUGUAAAUAAUAUAUUCAUGGUGUUGGAAUUGUUUACUCUGGGAGGUAACUUACUUUUACAAAUAAAUGUUUAUAAAAGCA